GCUGAAAGCCUGAAACAAAACAAGUGAACCUUAAACCCAGUGAUAAUUAUUAAUUAAAGCUGACACGAAGAAAAAUAAUUUAUUUCCCGCCUCUGACUGUGAGCGCCGAAGAAGAGAAUCUCAAUGGCGCGCGGAAAGAAGAAGAACGUCGACGAAGCCGAAGCAACUGACAUGGAUCCCUCAACAAACUCUGAAGCCAUAGAGCGCAAGAGGCUCAAGGCGUUGGCGUUCUCCACCGGCAUUCUCUCCGACGUUCCCGACGGCGACGCCGCUUCCGUCCAACUGAAGCCGUCAUCGACGGUGGCGAAGCACCACGGUAAGGACAUCAUCAAGAAGUCUCAGAGGAAGAGCACAAGGUUCCUCUUCUCGUUCCCCGGCCUCCUUGCUCCCAUCGCCGGCGGUAAGAUCGGCGAGCUCACGGAUCUAGGAACGAAAAACCCUAUUCUCUACCUCGAUUUUCCGCAGGGCCAAAUGAAGUUAUUUGGUACUAUUGUAUAUCCCAAGAACAGAUACCUGACUUUACAGUUCUCCAGAGGUGGGAAGAAUGUAAUGUGCGAAGAUUCUUUUGAUAACAUGAUUGUAUUUUCGGAUGCAUGGUGGAUUGGGAGGAAAGAUGAGAAUCCAGAAGAAGCUAAGCUGGAAUUUCCUAAAGAAUUGCAUGAGGGACAGCAAGCUGAAUAUGACUUUAAAGGGGGUGCAGGUGCAAAUUCUGCAGUUAAUAAAGCUGUUCACAAAACCAAAAUUCAAUGUGCAGAAUCAGAUUCACCAAUGACACCAGUUGACAAUGAUCUAUCAGAUAGUGAAAUGAAUUCAAAAGAUAUGAAGGAAACGGUCCCAGUCCGCCAUUCAGGAAGAAUUACAAGAAAAUCAUAUAAAUUUACAGAACUUUCUUCUGAUGAUAGUUCUGGUGCAAGCAGCCCUGACCUUUCUGAAGAUGAAGAAAAAUUGGGAAAAAGUCCAUGCCCUGUAGUUGUUGACAUUGAUAAUGAGGAUACAACCGAAGUGGAUCAAGUCCGUGAGGAAAAUAAAGAGCAUGCUUCAGGCUUAAAAUCUAAGAAAGUUCCUCGAUCUGCUUCAGCCACUGCAAAUAAUGAAGUUGUGUCUAGUAACAAUGCUUCACUUGUCCAGCCUACUAUAGGCACAUUAUUCAAGAAAGCAGAAGAGAAGAAGGCUUCAACAAGGAAACCUCAAUCAUCUGAAGUUACUGGCCAGAAAUUGCAGCCUGGUGGUUCAAAAAGAAAGAUUGAUCAGGAUGCAGGAACCAAAAAACGGGCAAGGAAGACCAAGGACAAAACUUUCGAUGAACAUAUUACAGUAAAAAGCAAGGGGCAUAAGGUUGAAGAUGAUGAUGAUGAUGAUGAUGAUGAUGAUGAUGAUGAUGAUGAUGAUGAUGAUGAAUUUUCAAAUGCUUCAGAGGUAAUUGUUCCUGAUACACAUGGCGAUGAUAAUGAUAGCGAUGAAGACUGGACUGCCUGAGAGUGUGAUAUGAAACGCAGUUAUUAGGCACAGAGAUGAUAAGGCAUAGGUGAUGUGGUGACCUUGAAGUCAUUAUGAUGGAUGAACUGUGAUGAUAUUCCACUGCUUACCUAUCUCUCCAGUGCAUACAUUAGAGAAGGGGUUUAAGAUCGAGAGAGAGAGAAUGAAAUUUGCUCACUAUUUGGUGUUUACCACUUCAGUCUUCAUCUUGCAAAAUCGAAGUUCAUAUAAGUGACACAAAUUUCAAUCAUCUUAAAAAGUGUUUUACAAAAGAACAUGAAGCUAAAGAUGCAAGUUUAUGGAGGACUUGAAAAAAAAAAAACGAAUGAUCGGUAGGUUCUAUUGAAUAUUUAGAAGACUGGUAGUGUGUUUGGUAAAAGGUAGAAACUGAUGAAUUAAUGAAUGUUUUUAAGAUUGAUGUUAUAAUAGUUUGCCCAAUAUAUAUUGUAUACUUGUUUUUUGGGUUCAGCGUCUGUCCCUAACCAAUCAUGGCAUGCUUGUUGGUGGUGUUGGUGAGGGGGCAGGUGGAACAUAUGAAACAUACCGAGAUAUUGAAAAAGGUGAAUGUAAUCGAAAUUUAUUCCAAGUUCUUCUUAAGCUUCA